GCACUGUCAUUGGUGGCCACACAUACAAAACAUUGCCAACAGUUUCUGCACGACUUCUGCUUCUGCUCUUGAAUAUAUGUCUUGUUUUGCAUAUAUUGUUGGAAUCAACAGUGAAACGAGUGCAGAACGAGGUAUCAACGUUGUCCGCGAGCUGCAAUGGUAUCGAUAGAUGCAAGCUGCACUGCUUGUGCGUAGGAACCGUAACCACAAUCGUAGCAGAACGAGUUCAGCAGUUUCGUAGUGAAUCGAGGGACUUUAUUCAUUACUUCCAACUGCCUUAAUCGCUCCAAACAUCCAUUUCUUGACACAAUUAUACGCUCUAAAAGAAGCUAAAAACGCGGUGCGCUAAAAGGCCCCUAGAACAAACGGUAGUGAUCAUUCAUUCGUGACCAAAGCACACCAACCAAUGUCACAUCAUCGUUAGAAACCAAGCUUGAAAAUGUCCUCGCCCGAUAUGCUGCUUCCGAACGAACCAAUUCUGCCGGUAGACGAAAGCUUAGCAACGGAAUGGCAACCCAUCACAUUGACAUUGGUAGAAUAUCCUAAAGGUGAUCUUAUCGGAAAGCUGCUAGCAUGGAUAAGCCUAGCCCCACUUGGUAUCGGUGCGGGAUUCGUGGCUUUAAUACUGUUCCGACGGGACUUGCACACCAUCGUGUUCUUUCUAGGGACGCUAGUGAACGAGUGUCUAAACAUCCUGCUAAAGCACUGGAUAAAAGAACCGCGACCGAUGUCGCGGGCCCAAAUUUGGACUGAGUACGGCAUGCCUUCAUCGCAUUCACAGUUUAUGUGCUUUUUUGCCACCUAUGUACUAUUGUUCAUCUUUAUAAGACUGCAUCAUAUAAACAAUAACAACAGCGCAAGGUUCGAGCGGCUCGUACGAUUGCUGGUGCUUGCCAUUUGCUGGACGGCCGCAUUUCUCGUUUGCUUCGGUAGGAUCUAUCUGCUUUACCACACACUUUCCCAAGUGCUGAUCGGUGCCCUCGUCGGUACGGUGAUGGGAUCGCUAUGGUUUCUGCUAACGCACUUCAUCCUCACACCCUACUUUCCGAUGGUGGUUCUGUGGCGCGUGUCGGAAUUGUUUCUCCUGCGAGAUACCACACUCAUACCGAACAUUCUCUGGUUCGAGUACACGGUUACGCGCCACGAAGCUCGGGCCCGAUCGCGGAAGCUGGUGAGCAUGAAAUCUCAGUGACGUUUUUGGUCACCCUGACGGCGAUACUCGUACAUCAAAUAGCAUCAAUAGCGACGACUGUUCGUUGUACACACCAUUUGCAAAUCAAACCACGAGUAAAGGAUUAGCAAGCAAAACCACAGCAAUAUAAUAAGGUACGACGGGUAAAAUGGAUAGAUUUGUGGUCGUUUAAUCGUCGAAGAUAAACGAAGCUGAAUUUACCCAACGCUCGUAUCAUGAUACCACAAAUCCAUUUCUGGAUCUGCUUAGGGUAUUAAGAACAUAAAUUCUUAACAUGAAUUAGAAAUUCAAAACACCGAUUUCCGACGAACGCAUUUACUCCUAGCGUAAAGGGGCGGAUUUGUUUUUGCCACCGAAUGGCAAACUAUAAGGUUAGCAUUAAAGUGUAGUGCAGCAUACAUAAAAAGCAAAACAAAAAAAAAACGACAAAAGCAUGGUAGCAUGUUACACGUGGAACGCACGAAAGCAGCACUCCUCCAACCAAAUUGACGCGCGUUGCAUUCAUGAACAUUAGCAAAAAUCAAACGAUUGAAGGAGCUUUCACACUUUGACGCGACACACCGUUGCACGUGCACGUGCACCACAGCAAGAAUACAAUGUGAUGAUGAUACACCCGUUUGAGAAAACAAAACAAAAAACACUAGAAAACGAAGAAAAAAAAACCAACAAUUGGACACUGGAAGUGAUCGAUUUUUUUUUUUCGAGAUUCGUACGCACGGAAAGGAAAAAUAAAUGGUACCGAGCUGAAGCGAAAAACCUUUUGCAGCUCGGACGAAUAAUUA